CGCGCUGCACGAGGAAAAGGAACAGAGGAAUUCGCGAAUAUAUUAAUAGUUCCCACUUAAAAGUAGAGUCCGUAAUUAACGGAGUUGAUAAUAACUGUGUGGAUAAACCAAUUGUAAAAUAUAAUCUUGUUUUUAGACGGUUAAGUUUGACCAUGUCAGCGUCAGCGGUGUUCGUGCUGGAUCUCAAAGGCAAGGUGCUGAUAUGUCGCAACUACAAAGGCGAUGUGGACAUGUCAGAGAUAGACCAUUUCCUGCCACUGCUGUUGCAACAGGAAGAGGAAGGGCUAAUAUGCCCUGUUAUUUCACAUGGCAACGUCCACUUCAUGUGGAUCAAGCACAGCAAUCUUUAUCUGGUGGCUACGACCAACAAGAACUCCAAUGCAUCCCUGGUGUAUUCUUUUCUCUACAAGCUGGUGGAGGUGUUCACAGAGUACUUUAAAGAGCUGGAGGAAGAGAGCAUUCAGGACAACUUUGUUGUGGUGUACGAGCUGCUUGAUGAGCUCAUGGAUUUUGGCUUCCCUCAGACCACAGACAGCAAGAUCCUGCAGGAAUACAUCACACAGGAAGGCAACAAACUGGAGGUCACUAAGGCCAAAGUGCCCACGACAGUCACCAAUGCCGUGUCUUGGAGGUCUGAAGGCAUUAGAUAUAAGAAGAAUGAGGUUUUUAUAGAUGUCAUUGAGUCCAUAAAUGUCCUGGUUAACGCCAAUGGGAGCGUGAUGAGCAGUGACAUUGUGGGAUGUAUUAAACUGAAGACGAUGCUGUCAGGAAUGCCUGAACUCAGACUGGGCCUCAAUGACCGUGUGCUCUUUGCCCUUACCGGCCGAGACAAGGGGAAGACUGUAGCAAUGGAAGAUGUGAAGUUUCACCAGUGUGUUCGACUCUCACGCUUCGAAAGCGACAGAACCAUCUCAUUCAUCCCUCCGGAUGGAGAGUCAGAGCUGAUGUCGUACCGCAUCAAUACUCAUGUGAAACCUCUGAUCUGGAUCGAGUCUGUUAUUGAAAAGUUCUCUCACAGUCGAGUGGAAAUCAUGGUAAAGGCCAAAGGUCAGUUUAAAAAGCAAUCUGUGGCUAACAACGUGGAGGUGCGUGUUCCUGUCCCGAGUGAUGCAGACUCUCCAAAGUUUAAAACUAGUACCGGCCAUGCAAAGUAUGUUCCUGAGAAGAACGUAGUGGUAUGGACUAUUAAAUCCUUCCCGGGUGGAAAAGAGUUCCUGAUGCGAGCCCAUUUUGGCCUCCCUAGUGUGGAGAAUGAUGAGCUGGAGGGAAAACCGCCCAUUACAGUGAAAUUUGAGAUCCCAUACUUUACCGUGUCAGGAAUACAGGUGAGAUAUAUGAAGAUCAUCGAGAAGAGUGGCUACCAGGCAUUACCUUGGGUUAGGUACAUCACCCAGAGUGGAGAUUACCAGCUCAGGACGAACUAGAGAAGCACUCUGCAAUUCAUCUUGUUCACGCUCCAAGGAAAAUGAUAAUCAUGAUUUGCAUCAAAAACUGUCUUAAUAUUUCUUUUUUUCUUUUGAGAGCAGAAGGAACAUAAUGUUGUGCAUGUUAGUAUUUUGUUGGAACUUCUUUUUUUAUGUAUUGUUCUUGCACUAAGCUAUGAUUUAAAAUGUUAACUCAAACACUGUUUUCUUGUAAUAAUGAUUAAAAAAGAGUGGGGGAUUUGUUUGGUUUAGGCUGCAAAAGGUCACAUUUCAUUUCAUGAAUUAAAUUAUUAAACUCCA